AUGUUUCAUGAUGGGCAAGGAAAUUUCCGAGUUUCGGUGCUUAAAUCAGUUCAAAUAAGAAACAUUCAGGAUCAGCGUACUUUGCAUGCUUUGACAAUAGACAGUGCGCAGGAUUUAUGGAAGCGUCAAGAGCAGUUAAAGUAUGCAAUUUCACAAGGAAUGCUUUAUGUCUUUUUGUCAAUUCAUAUUCCAUGUGUGAGUCUACCUGUUUAUAUUUCUGAAUGUAGCGAAAACGCAAACCACGUUUUUUAUAUAGACGAGAAGGUACGCCGUAAGGUUUUCCAGAAAUAUCAAAAUCCCUCUUCGUUUACUCUUCGAAGCUGGUGCUCAUCGAACGCUGAGGGACCCUUUCAUCUGCAUCGAGAAUGGAAGAUUCAAAGAGGACGUCGAGAUUUUCUGCGGAUCGGCAAUGAUCCUAUUUCCGCUGUAUGCGAAAUUCGCAAUGGCCUAGUAUGCGACUUUGCAGACGGCGUGUAUGUUUAUACGGACCAGCAAAUUGAUGAUACCAAAGAGAGUUUUCAUAAAAGUAUGUCCGCAUUAUCCUUGGAUCGGCGGAAAGAUGCGUAUUCAUCACAGGCCUUACUACGUAUCCUCAAUCUCUCCCAAUGUAUAAAUGAGCUUGAGCUUACACAAAAGAAAAUUCGUAAAGAUUUAGUUACGGAUGAGACUCAGGUUCUAAGACAAAGCCAUAGUGUAAAGUCUACCUAUAGUAAAAGGCUUUUUUUUCACUCUCAGUUGCAACACCGCCUUUCUAAGUAUUUAUUUGCAUUUCACAAACUAAGAGAUGAUUUUGAAAAGAAAAAAGACCAAGUUGCACAAAUGCACUCUCAAUUGAACGUGCAUCAGGCAUUCUUAAAGCAGCAGGACGAUCGGUAUCAGGAAGCUUAUGCUCAAGUAAAAGCGCAGUGGGAAACAAAUUUGCAAGUUCGGGUUCUCAUUGCUCACGCGACCCGAUCUCAUAUCAAACAGCUUUGUGCUGUUUAUCCUAUUCAGACAAUUGAUGAUCAGGUGCGCUUAUUUACAAUCCGUAAUCUUCGAUUUUCUCUGCUUCCAAAUUCAGUUCCUCCGGCUGAAUUGGCUGCUGCAAUAGGCUUUCUGGCCCACUUAACAUUCAAUAUUUCUCAAUAUUUGGAGUACGACUUUCCUUAUCCUGUCUCGCCAAUGAGUUCAAGAUCAACGAUAUUAGAUCCUCUUUCUCCGGACUUAAUGAACCGUUCCUUUCCUUUAUAUCCUGCUGCACGAGCUCUCCACGCAUUUCAGCAUGCUCUCUAUCUACUUAACCAAAAUAUGAUAUUCCUUUUAGCUCAUUAUGGUUUACCUAACGAUCAACCCUCAAAUAUAAUGGCUAACUGUGAAAAGCUUCUACAGUUCGUUCUUUCCGGACAGCAUCUUUCUUUUGUACAAGUUACGUCUGUUUUAUAA